CCCAUUUAGGCCAGUUAAGUUACCAACUUCUCGCUGUCUGUCGCCAAGCAUCUCGCUCUCUUCUCUUUUUCUUUCUCUCUCUUUCUCUCUCUCUCUCGAUCCAUCUCUCUUACCCUUUCGAUCGGUUCACGUUUAUGUCAAACGGAAUUCGCGGACUUGGACCAGCUGAAAGAGUCCGGAAGUAGCCGAGAACCGAGUCCUCAACUCGUCGGCUAACUCGGCUAAUUUCGAGAGGGUUGGAUUUCAUUCGUAACCAAGAUCAUGGAUCUAUGUUCCGCAAUUCUGACUGAUACUCUUAUAGGAUUUUUUUUUAAUUAUUGAUGACGAUGAUGAUGACGAUGACCUAAAAAACCAAAAAGAAAAGUUCAUUGGAAAGUGCAAACUGAUAAUGAAGGACAGAGAUAGCGAUGAACAUGGGGUUGUCAUUGCUGGAGUUAGUCACUCACUCCAGAAAGCAAAAGAGAGAGAGGGGCGGGAGAGAGAGGGGGAGAAAGAGAGAGAAGGAGAGAGAGAGAGAGAGAGUGUGAAAAGGACGGAAAGAGUUUCGCGAUCGGUGAAUAAAUCUUAAGCGCGAUCGAAUCAUAGGAAGCGAACUAAGUAAGGUUGUGAAGAAGGAACGCGCGAGAGCGCGGAACGAGCUCGCUAAUUAGCGCCGAUGAAAUUAGCAGUUAAUAUACGCGUAUACACACGGAAUGGGGGUAGUUUGAUUGGGCCAAUUCGAGGCAAUUCCUGGCGAUUGCUGGUUUCAUUGAGCCUGCGCUUAAGAGCUCAGUGCCAUGCUGCCGGUCAACGGACAUGGAUCUCUUCUUCGAGUAACAUAAAACGAGUAAAAAAAAAUGUCCAGGAGAAAGAAGAGUGUUCACUGCCAAUUGAGAAACGUUAAAUUCGUGGAAAAUAUUAGUGAAAUUAAAAUUAACAAUUGUGAUUAUGAGAUAGGAUGAAGUGUGUGGUGACACAUUUGUCAAGAUUUUUAACGGGGAAAAAAGAAAGAAGAAGAAGAAGAAGAAGAAGAAGAAAAUGGCGACUUAUGGUAUAACCUGACCUCAAAGACAGAAAUAUAUAUAUAUAUACACAUGUAUAUAUAUUAUAUACUAUAUAUAUAUAUAUCCCUGGUAUGAUACUAUACUAUACAUACGUAUGUACAUACAUAUAUAAACACACACACACACAUAUGUAUAUAUAUUAUAUACCGAAAGAGACAAAGAAACAGAGAAACGUGAAAGAAAGAGAAGUCAUGUGGGAAAUUCUUGAUCGAGGCCAUACAGUUUCCGAUUCCCACGAGGGUUUCAAGAGAAGGAGAGAUGCAGGCCGAUUUGUGGAGGGCCUCUCGUAUCUAAAGUCCGGCCCCCGGGGGCGGAACAAGAAAGAGCCACGGAGAGUGGCACGAGAGGCACGCGAAGAGAGAUAUACAAGAAGAAGUAACAAGUACGUCGGCGCAGGACAUCGGCGCACACGAGACCUCUCCCAAGAGUAGGUGCUACAUGAUUGGCUAACCUCCAUGUGUGGGGGCGGCCUAACGGCGCUUCGACGGCGGCCUCGUUGAAAAUAUAAGCCUGUGUGAGUGUCCGCUGAUUAGCCAGAGUCAGGACGGAUCGUCGAUAGUGCGAGAGUCUAACUACGCGAUAGAUCUCUCUUUUUCUCUCUCUCUCUCUUUCUCUUUCUCUUUCUCUUUAUCUCACACACACAUAUACUCUCUCAUUCUCUCUUUCUUUCUUUCCCUUUUUUUUCUCAUUUUUUUGUCAUUUUUUAAUUUUUAAUUUUUGUUUUUCUCAAGGAUUUUUUGUUCUCUCUCUCCCUUUUUAUUUUCUUUUCUUUCCCUUAAAUUCAUCAUCUCACAUUUCGUCAGUUAUCAGAAAGAGGAGAAGAAAGAGAUCGGAGAGAUCUCUUUGGGGUUCGUGAACCGUUCUCCAAUUCGUUUAAUUACGUUUAGUUUCGUUUAGUUCGUUAUAACUCAUCCGUCCUUAUCAUCCCAUCCUUCUCUCAUCAUCGUCCUGUUCACUUCCAAGGUCCUCCUCAUACUCGUGCUCCCAUUAAACGACUGUAUAAUAUCCGACGGAUACCGGUCUGUCUCUCUAUCUCACUGUCUAUAUAACCGACAGUUUACUUCGUUAACUUCGCUUAAAACUAAUCAAAAUUAAUCAUAACCCGGCAACGAUUGAUACCAAUUGCUUUGGAUUCCAUUAGAGGCGCCAAGCGGUUAACGAUCGCCUCUAUUUCUAUAGCUUUGCUUUCCUUAUUAAUGAGGAUUUUUUGACCUCAAAUAAAAAGGAUAAGCAAGAAGAAGAAGAAGAAGAAGAAGAAAUACAAAGAGGAAGAAGAAGAGAAAGAAGAAGAAGAAGAAGAAGAAGAAGAAGAAGAAAGAAAAGGAUAAUCAUCGUCAUUAAGAUUCUUCAUUUGGAUCAACGUAACGUUCUUCAAUCUCGAAACUCAUCUAUUACUGUUGCUGAUUAUGACGUUGAUGAUGAUGAUUACAACGAUGAUGGCUCUGUGAUAUAAUUUAUCAAAGUGGAUUCAUUUGGAAUCGUCGAGGAAUAUUAAAUUUGUCUUCUGGGAUUAUCAAAUUAAGAACGAGAGAAUGGACGGUGGUCCGUUCGACGAUCCAAUAUUUUCCGACUUUGGUGGUCGAGGUGGUACCGGAGUUCAUAGUAUUCAAGUGAUGCUAGGUUUACACGGUGGACAUCAUGGAAAUGACUUGAUGCCAACCGGUGGACAUCUUCAUAAAUUGGAUUCUUCGAAUAGUCCACCACCUCAUCAUCAAACGGCUCAUCAUCAUAUGCAGCAACAACAACAACAGCAACAACAGCAACAACAGCAACAGCAGCAGCAACAACAACAACAACAGCAACAACAACAACAAAAAGAAUUGAAGGAAUUAGAAUUAGCUGGUAUGUACGCGCCGUUACCUCAAACUCCGGAUGUAACAACCUCGACGACGACCACAGCAACACCUACGUCUACAACAUUGCAACAAGGUCUUCAACUUGGUAAUUCUCUAAAGAGAAAGCCGGACGAUCCCAUGAACCCUCUUGCACCAGUGAGCGGCGAAACGCAAUCGGCUAAGAAAGACUCAAAAAAGAAAACCGAUAAUAAUGGAAUCAAAAAGAAGAAAACCAGAACUACCUUUACGGCUUAUCAGUUGGAAGAAUUGGAAAGAGCGUUCGAACGUGCACCUUAUCCUGACGUUUUUGCUCGCGAGGAGUUAGCUUUAAAGUUAGCACUAUCGGAAUCUCGAGUACAAGUCUGGUUUCAGAAUCGACGUGCAAAAUGGCGGAAAAGGGAACCUCCGCGAAAAACUGCCGGUUACAUGGCAGCUGGUUCUGCUAGUCCUGGUCUCUCAGGUUCAUUCACGUCUUUGAACAACACGUUGAAUCCAUUUGCAUCUCCAGCGACAGCAGCAGCGCCACCUGACGCUUGGACGUAUACUCCGGCUUACGAUUUGGCGCCACAUUUGAAUCUCUUGAGUCCUUCUAACUCGCCAUAUACGACGUCAUUUGGUGGUCCUAGUAAUAAUGGAUCAGCAUAUUCUUAUGCUACAAUGUUGCCUCAACAUGAUGCUUCCUUAUUUUCUGCACCUUCUAGCAACACGAUGCGUGUUCAUCAGGAUUACAUGAAUGCUAGUAAUAGUCCACCACCGCCAUUAACACGUAAUGAUUAUCAGACAAUGGUUACUACCACUCAUUCACCUCCUACUCAUCUUGGUGGUUCCAUGUCUGAGGAUGAACAUCAACAAAAUAAACAAUUGGAUUAUGUAAGUGGUCUCAGUCCAGCUGAUAAGUAUCAACACGAUCAAGCUGAUUAUUCGCAGCAACAGCAACAGCAACAGCACGAUCAGAAACAAGAAUAUGGUAUGCAUUCACCUCAAGGACGUCAAAGUAUAAAGGAUCAGGUGAUGAUCAAGAGCGAACCAAACAGUCAACAAAGUUACGUGCAAUUGCCUCCUUUUCUCAACUGACUCGAAAGCCAAUUUCUAGAUUUCUUCUAGAUGGCUUUUAUCGUUACUACUCGACUUUACCGUGUGAAUCCUUAUCUCUAAAAUCUCAAGACGAUCAUGAUUCUUCCUCCUUAAUGUGACUCUCUUUAUAUUUUAUUACAUAGAAUUUCAAUUCAGAGGAUUAUUCCUCUUCAAUGACACGAGACAGCUAUGUGUGUAAACGGGAGCUGUUAAACUUUUUACACUUUUCUUUUGUCCUUUUUUUUCAAACUUAUUCAUACUAUGCAAAUUAAUAUUGUUAGUCCAUUAAGAUAUUGUGCUUUAUAUGAUAUAUGUAUGUAUAGCAAGUUUAAUCAGCGUGUUUCUUCGUGAUAUACGAUUUAAUUACUA